AUGGCCACCAAGGAAAAACUCCUCCGCUUGACGCUCAUGCAGUACAAGAACCCCAGCCUCUCCGACGAGGAAUUCCAAAAACACUGGAGCGAGCACCACGCACCAAUGGCCUCUGGCUGGCUAGCACGUAAUGGAAUCAUUGGCUACACUCAGUAUCACACUCCCCCCGAGAAACGCAACCUAGCCUCUAGCCUCGCCGAGACGGUGGGAGCCACUGUCGCGCCGUUUGAUGCCUACAUCGAGUUCAUGGUCCACAACGUCGAGGAUCUGUGGAAGGCCACUUCGGACCCGGAGUAUCCUGUCAAGAUGCAGCCUGACGAGCAGUACAUGUUUGAUCACGGCAAGAUGCAGGUCACGGUUGGGUGGGUCGAGGUGUAUGUGCAGGACGGAAAGGUGGUCAAUAUUGUUGAUGGCAAGUCGGCCUUUACUCAGUAG